GCAAGCCUGCUAGCUACCGUUAUCUAUUCGUAGUGAGCCAACUCUCAAUCCAAAAUGGCGACGACAAAAAGACGGAAGUCGUAGCAGGGACCAGGGCAGAGGAUGGAUGGCCAAAAGUUUGUACUCAUUGUGGUGUGGUUCCAUAACUUCCAGUACAACAGUACGCGUUCCUGUCAUCACCAGUCUGGAGAUGGUCCUGUAGUCCAAGUGGAGAACACACUGUCCAUUCACCUGGCACACAAACUGCCGCACCUAAGGAAGAUUAUGUCAGCAGCCGCCGCGGGGCUUCCGGGGUCAACAGCCUGCACAUAACAGGGAGCGAUGCCUCUGAUGACAAUGCCCCAGCCCAGGGCGUCUCCUAACACCUGGGAUCACGGCAAGAGAUAAAUUACACAUUCUGUUGGGAUCAAAUGGAAUCUGCAUUGUUCAGACUCGAGCGCGCUGUCACCGACUGCAUGAAAUAGCUGUGGACAUCUAGAGCUCUUUUGAAGAGACUAUUUUGCCAUUUAACAGCUAUGACCGCCGAGGCGCAUUCGCAUCUGGGACUGCAGAAAACUCCCAUGGAUUUCGUCAGCGACUUCGACCUAAUGAAGUUCGGUGUCAAGAAGGAGGCGAUGCAGGGGAUAGACCGCUCCUUCAUCGGGCCGUGCACCCAGCUCCCGAGACCCGACUCUGUCUCGUCCACCCCCGGCAGCACACCUUGCAACUCGGUACCCUCAUCACCAAACCUCAAUCCAAACGAGCAGAGAAAUAACCCCGGGGGCGACCAGUUCUGGAUACCCAACAACGGGGGUUACCCUCAGCAAAUGUACCCUCAAGCUUUUGGCCUGACACCCGAGGACGCAGUGGAGGCCCUCAUCAGCGCCACGGCGCAGCAGGGACACCCAUCUGCGCCCCACAGUCACCAUCCGCCACCUUUUCAAGCUGAAUACGAAGGGUACGGCCACCUGAACGAGCCUGUCCAGCACUACCCGGGACUGCCGGGUCACCCCGACAUGCAGGGCAUAGCCAGCAGUCACUGCCAAGACCCCUAUCUCAAAGAUGACAUGGGGAGUGUGUCCCCUCAGUCGCCGGAGGCCCAGCAGGUCCUCGGCGCGCACCACCAUCUCCAGCAGCAGCACAGCCGCCACGACAGGCGAUCCGGCGCCGACAUCCACUUCUCAGACGACCAGCUGGUGUCCAUGUCCGUCAGGGAGCUCAACCGGCUUCUCAGAGGCCUCAGCAAGGACGAAGUGAUGCGUCUGAAGCAGAAGCGAAGGACCCUGAAAAACAGAGGUUACGCACAGUCCUGCCGCUACAAGCGCGUCCAGCAAAAACACAUUUUAGAGCACGAAAAGACCAGCCUGGUGUCACAGGUCGAGCAGCUCAAACAUGAACUUAACAGACUGAUCCGGGAGAGGGAUGCAUACAAACUGAAAUGUGAGAAACUGUCCGGUGCUAACUGCUACCACGAAACAGGGUCUACUAGUGACAACCCUUCCUCACCCGAGUAUUUAAUGUGAGUUUGUUAAUUUCCUGCAGAACAGAUUCUUUUUCCAUAGGGAGCCAUUUAUGUUGACAGUUGGCCUUGCUCCUCAACAAACAAUCUCGUGGAUUCAUCAAGUUUUAAUUAACGUUGGACAUAAGGAUAUCACUGAAAUAAUUGUAUUAGACACAACAAGGCAACAAGUUGUGAAUGGAAAAUUACUAUGAAGCAUGCAUGCAGGACAUGUAUGAGAUGUUUUUUAUUUUAUACAGGCAUAUCUGCAUUUUGUCUGAAAGGAGAUACUUGAAAUCAGAGAAUAUUCCCUUAUAUUAAUAUACAACUUUAAUCCUUGUGCUUCAGUUACUGCUCAGUUUUUAUUUUGGUGAUUUUGUGUUGCUUAGUUUUUGUAGCUCAAAUUAUAUUUUGUGUUCGGCUUCCUUAAAAUAGAAAACAUACUGAAAAGAUUGAUGCUAGAAAUGACGUUCAUAUUAUUUUUAUGAAACUGAUUCUGCUGGACAGAUGUGUUCCUUAUUUGCUUUUCUUUUAAAUAUAAUAUACAUUUACGAAAAUUGUUUUUCAUCCACUAUGUUUUUCAUUUACUAUGGAUCAAUAAACCUAUUGUGACUUUUUAAAAUUGUGUCUCAUCUGCUGACAAAUUACUGUCCCACAAAAAAACGGUCUGUAGGGUAAAAUAUUUGCCUCACAUGCACAAUUUUCUUUGCAAUUUCCAUCAAGGCAGUGUAAUUUGUUAUACUUAUGAGACCUAUUCCAACAUUUUUUAUCAUCACUUUCACAAACUAAAAAGAAAAGCUGUUUUUAAAUUCCUAAAUCGAUAUAAGCAGAAACAUCCAAGAUAAUAUUUGUGCACACUGCAUAAAAUCAGGGUAUUGAAGUCUAUCAGUAAGAAGGCUACAUAUUAUACAUAAAUGAGGAAGUAAAUUGACUCAUUUGUGCAGAGUGCAUUCUACAAGGAUACAGUCACAAAACAUUGUCUCCACUAUAAAUCCAUUUUCUAAGCUUACAUUAUGACCCUAUAAAAUUUUA